AUGAAGGGCUUCGCUACUGCCGCUACCCUCGCCGUUCUCGCGAACUCCGUGUCUGCGCAUUACAUCUGGCACCAGGUUAUUGCUGGAUCCACGACAUCCAGCGCUGCCGUUCGUCAGCCUGUCAACAACUCUCCAGUCCAAGACGUCACUUCCCCCGAUAUCACCUGCAAUGCCAACCCCUCCCCGGCCUCUGAGACCGUCAGCGUUGCCGCAGGAAGCACCCUCGGCUUCAACCUCGACAACACGCUCUACCACCAAGGCCCUGCAGCUAUCUACCUAGGCAAAGUCCCUGCCGGCCAAACAGCUGCGUCUUGGGACGGAUCCGGGGCCAACUGGUUCAAGAUCGCUGAAUGGGGAGCCACUUUCAACCCUUUCAAAUUCACCGAUGAGGGCUUGGGCUCAUUGUCCACCACCAUCCCUGCCAGUGUUCCCGCCGGCGAGUACCUCGCCCGCAUCGAGCAAAUCGGCCUUCACGUCGCAGGUGCCCCUCAGUGGUACAUCUCUUGCGCCCAGAUCAACAUCACUGGCGGCGGAAGCGCGAACCCCAGCAAGGUUUCCAUCCCCGGAUACGUCUCGCCUUCUGACCCAGGUCUCACCGUAAACAUCUACAACCCGGUCCCCACCUCCUACGUUGUUCCCGGCCCCGCUCCCUUCACCGGAUAA